AUGGAUAAGGCAAAAUCUCUUGAAAUCAUUCAAUUCCUUCAUCGAGCCGGGAAAACAUGUACAACUGCCGCCAUUGACAAUGCAUGUUCAAAUGAUGACUUGGAUAUUGUUCAAUUCCUUUUCCAUAAUCGCUCAGAGGGAUGCAGCGAAAAAGCUAUUAUCGUUGCAUGUCAAAGAGAUAAUCUUGAACUUUUAAAGUUUUUACUCGACAAAAGGACUAAAAAAUGUUCACCUACAACUGUAGACUCUGUCAUAGAAGGCAAUUGUAGUUUAGAUUUUAUAAAGCUUCUCAACCAAACAUGUACAAUCGAAGGUUUAACAAGUGCAGAACAUAGACGUGAUCGAUUAGACAUUCUCGAAUAUUUUCUUCCGAAAUUAAAUUAUAAUGUAUAUAUCGGUUGGAGAGGUAGAGAUAAUGUCAUUGGUUAUACAGCUCAUUUUACAGUUGCCUCUAAUGUAUCGGUUAGCUUUGGUUCUUCAAUGACAAUGGAUGCAUCUCAACUCAAUACCCCAUUCUUAAAUAUUGAUGGUUUAGUCUCUUUAAAAGCUUCAAAUAUCAAUUCAACAUACUAA